AUGUACCUUGUAGAUAAAGCUAUUGAAAUUAAUUUAGCUACUGAAAAUAAGUACGAAAAAUUCUUUGAUUUCAGUUCGUUUUUUGCAUCAGAAUUGUAUGGUCCAAGGUUGCAUGAAUUAGACAUAAUGAAUUAUGACGAUGAGGGAUGA